AUGUCUCGCCAGUCCUGUGCUCUUGGCAAGGGGUUCAGCUCCAGCUCUGUGUGUUUUGGGGGCAAGAACAAGGUCACAUUCGGCUCCGGGCCCCGCGGAGGAUGCCGAGGAUCCGGCGGCGCUGGCGGCUUCAGCAGCAGGAGCCUCUAUUCCCUGGGGGGCACUAAAAGCACCUCCCUGGGAGGAUUUGGGGGGGCUGGUGGUGCCUGCAGAGGAUUUGGUGGCCAAGGAGGCUUCGGCUUUGGGGCUGGAGCAGGACUUGGGGGUGGCUUCGGUGCAGGGUGCUUUGGUGGAGGCCUCGGCGGUGGCUUCGGUGGCUUUGGUGGAGGAUUUGAUGGGGGAGUGGGGGGCCAGGGCUUCCCCCCGUGCCCCCCGGGUGGCAUCAGGGAGGUGACCAUCAACCAGAGCCUGCUGGCCCCCCUCAACCUGGAGAUUGACCCCGAGAUCCAGAAGGUUCGGACACAGGAGCGGGAGGAGAUCAAGAAGCUCAACGACAAAUUUGCCUCCUUCAUCGACAAGGUCCGGUUCCUGGAGCAGCAGAACCGAGUCCUGGAGACCAAGUGGGAGCUGCUGCAGCAGCAGGCUGGUCCAACGGGGGGCAGGAACCUGGACCCCUUCUUUGAGACCUACAUCAGUGGGCUCAGGAAGCAACUGGAUGGUCUCUCCAGUGAGAAGCUCCAGCUGGAGACAGAGCUGAAGAGCUUCCAGGACAUGGUGGAGGACUUCAAGACAAAGUACGAGGAGGAGAUAAACAAAAGGACAGCAGCUGAGAAUGAUUUUGUGCUCCUGAAGAAGGAUGUGGAUGCAGCCUACAUGACCAAGGUGGAACUCCAGGGAAAAUUGGAUUCUCUGUCGGAUGAGAUCAACUUCCUCAAGUGUCUUUAUGAGGCAGAGCUGUCCCAGAUGCAGAAGACUGUGUCCGACACCUCAGUGGUGCUGUCCAUGGACAACAACCGGAACCUGGACCUCAACAGCAUCAUCGCCGAGGUGAAGGCGCAGUACGAGGAGAUCGCCAACCGCAGCCGGCUGGAGGCUGAGUCCUGGUACCGCUGCAAGUACGAGGAGCUGCAGGCAACCGCGGGCAAGCACGGGGACAGCCUCAAGGACACCAAGAUGGAGAUCUCGGAGCUCAACCGCAUGAUCCAGAGGAUACGGGCUGAGAUCGAGAGUGUGAAGAAGCAGUGUGAGACUGUUCAGACGUCAAUUGCGGAUGCAGAGCAGCGCGGGGAGGUGGCUCUCAAGGAUGCCAGGGACAAACUGACCGAGCUGGAGACAGCUCUGCAAAAAGCCAAGGCUGACAUGGCCCGACAGCUCCGGGAAUACCAGGAGCUCAUGAACGUCAAAUUAGCCCUGGAUGUGGAGAUUGCAACCUACAGGAAGCUGCUGGAGGGCGAGGAGUGCAGGAUGUCUGGAGAGUGCCAGAGCUCCGUCAGCAUCUCCGUGGUGGGCGGCAGCAGCUCCGUGGGAGGUGGAUACGGCAGUGGAUUGUGCCUUGGAGGAGGAGGAAUUGGCUUUGGAAGCGGGAAAGGCAGCUGCAGCACGGGCGGUGCUGGUUUAUGCUUCAGCCUGGGAGGGGGUGGAUUUGGUGCCGGGAGUGGAUUUGGCUCCCUGGGUGGGGGAUCCAACUCGGUGGUGGUGGGGGGAUCUGGCAACCUCCUGAAGAACGCUGGCCCCGCUGGCCGCAGGGCAUAG